GUGACAUCAGUAAGGUCGACCUCUAAAGGAGAUCAUAAUUGGUCGAAUAUAUAGUGGAUAAAUUCAGCGAAAAUAAUUCGAAUCUUGAUGAGUUUCGAUUAAAAUUAUCAAGUUAAAUAUCGGAGCUACGGUUCUCCAUCAUGUGGAGAUCAUUAAAAGAAGUAACAAGAGUUUUACGACAACAAUGUAACUUGACCGCGUGCAACUCCAUAACUCCUGAAGAAAAAUCAAAAAAAAAGAAACGCAAUUCAUUUAUACUUUCAAGAGCUACCGAACCUCUCAUAUCUGGAAUCGACAAUGAAGAGAAAAGCAAUAAGAAAACUAAAUCAGAAUGCUAUCAAGAUUUCAUAAAGUCGAUAGUUAACGAAUGUCGGGUUAAAGAUGUAUUUGGACUGGGAUCAGCAAUUGCGGUAGGUUCUGAGCUGAAAAAACUCUUCAGCGAUGACGACAGAGCCAAAGUCAAUGCUAUGCAAACAAAGGAGGAGUUAAAAGAGAUCGGAAAAGCUGAAAAACGCCGGCGUACCAAUAGGAGCCUUGACGAACUUAAUAGAGAAACUGAAGCUCUGUUGCAAGGUUUAAGGGGAGCACAAUUAGCACAAGUCGGAAAAAAGACAGAGGCAGUGAAAGCCUGGUUGACAUCAGCUAAGUUUGGGCACUCAUUUUCUAAUUAUAACCUUGGACUAGCUUACGAAUUGGGUCAUGGAGUCCAAAAGAGUGUUGAGAAAGCAGUCUAUUAUUAUGAGAAAGCGGCAAAUGACGAACAUCCAUCUGCUCUGCACAAUUUGGGUGUACUAUAUAUAGACAAUGGAUUGAAUUUAGAAAGAGGAAACGAACUUAUUGCCAAAGCAGCUGAAUACGGUGUUGCAGAAGCACAAACAUUUGUAGGAGUUAAACAUAUGAGAAAUGGGAAUCAAACGAUGGCCGCAAAUUUAUUCAAAGAAGCAGCCAAACAAGAAAACGCCGAAGCACAAUAUUAUCUUGGGCUUUGUUAUGACAAUGGUUUGGGUGUAGAGGAAAAUAAACACCUUGCCAUUGAACUUUUCAAAAAAUCAUCUAAAAACGGUAAUCAAGAAGCAAAAGAAGAAUUGGAGAGAAGGGGUAUUCAAAGGACCAGACUAAGAAGUUCUUCAUCUUCACCUACUCUGACCGAGUACGUUAGAGAUUAUGGUGAGGAGCUUUUCAGUUUUGAUCAAAAUUGGGAAAAGAAUGUUUUUUCGAUUGUUUAUGGCAGUUUUACGGCGAAUUAUGCAAAUGAUUUGGUUCGUUGCAAGAGUACCAGUGAAUUAAACGCAAUCGGAUAA